UAUCAGCUGUUUGGUGACUGUUUGCCAACUGUAGAACUGUCGUUAGGAGCCAAAGGGAGUCGCGAAAGGAGCGAAGGAGCUUCAUUGUUCGGGAUGUGAUUGUGCAAUAUGGCUAUCUGCUGAAUAAUAAUAAUUGAGCGAUAUGUUGGGAUAGACGUCAAAAGUGCGACGCGCAGUUGUCAGUCUGACGCGUACGUCGCGUGUCACUGUUUCGCCCAAAAUACCCAAGUUUUUAUCGAUCUCUUUGAAAUAAAAGCGAUCAAACAACAAGCGAUAAUAUGUUGGAGCUCGAAGUGGUGCCCGAGAGAUCCCUCGGAUGCGAGCAGUGGGAAUUUAUUUUAGGUAUGCAUUUUUCUCAGUCAGUAUCAAUAAUACAAUCUCAAGUUGGUGUUAUAAGAGGAGUACAAGUUCUUUAUAGUGAUACUAAUCCAUUAGAUGUAGAUCUAGUAAUAAAUUUACCACACGAUGGGAUUCGGCUUAUAUUCGAUCCUGUGGUACAAAGACUUAAGAUAAUUGAAAUUUAUAAUAUGAAGUUAGUGAAAUUAAAAUAUUGCGGCUUGCCAUUCAAUUCGCCUGAGGUAUUGCCUUCGAUCGAGCAGAUCGAACAUUCUUUCGGUGCAACUCAUCCCGGUGUUUAUGACAAAGAUAAACAGGUGUUUGUAUUGAAUUUUCGAGGAUUAUCAUUUUACUUUCCGAUUGAUUCGAAAUUUCAACCUGGUUAUGCCCCAGGAUUAGGUUCGUUACACUUUCCUAAUGACACUUCUCCUCUAGUCGCGAAAACAGCGAUUUACGUUGGGAAUAUGCCAGCCGCUGGUAGCGAAGAACAUGGCUCGAAAACACCACCACCACCUUUGCCACUUGUUUGUUACCAUAAUAACUUGUACUUGGAGAAAGCUGAUAUUAUUAGAGAUAAAACACGAACUCGAGGGCUCAGAUUACUUCUUUUCACAGAAGGUAGCUGCGGGACAAGAGCAUUAUUGGAGCCGAAAAAACGGUGUCUGACCAAAGAGGUAUUAUUUGGCGACACCUGUGAGGAUGUCUUAAGCGCACUUGGUGCCCCAUCUAGGGUAUUCUACAAAGCUGAGGAUAAAAUGCGUAUUCAUAGUCCACAUGCGCACAAACGAGACAAGAUAAGACGAUCAGAUUUUUUCUACAAUUAUUUCACAUUAGGUUUGGAUAUAUUGUUCAAUGCGAGAACUCAAUGUAUAAAAAAGUUUGUGCUUCACACGAAUUAUCCGGGACAUUAUAAUUUUAAUAUGUAUCACCGUUGUGAGUUCUCUUUGACUCUGCCGCCUGAAAAUAAUUCCGUAGAAUCAGGAAAGCUAAUAGAUGUUUCACCCUCACCGGUCACGAUCACUGCCUACACAAAAUGGGACAGAGUGAACGAACAAUUGAAGGCAAGCGCGCGUCCCGUAGUGUUGAAUCGUGCAUCUUCGACAAACACAACCAAUCCCUUUGGCUGUACAUUUUGUUACGGUAUACGAGACGCGAUUGUUGAAGUUAUGGCAAAUCAACAUAUUGCAAGUGUAACUUUAUACAGAACAGCAUGAUCCUGAUAAUUUACACGUAACAUUAAUUAUCUUUUAAGAUUGAUUCCGAAAUGUAGCUGAGUUUUACGUAUUUAACAUACAAAUAAGAAUAAAUGAUUUAUUCUCAUUUUUUUGUUAUAAUUGUAUAAUUAUGAUAAAACAGACAUAUAUUUACAAUUGGAAUAAUUAAUAUUCGUAAAUAUUUUAACUUCAGAGGACGAAAAGAAUUAAAUGAGAAAUUUAAAUUUUUAUAGGAGAUAUUUUUAAUCGCGACCAUAAAGAUUGUUUAUGAAUAACAAUCGUAAUUUAUAACAUUAUGUUCUUAGGUAAAAUAAGGAUGUAAGUCAACUUUCAACUCUCCUAAAGUAAAUUUUUUUAUAUUGUAAUGAAGAAAAAUAUUAACAUGUGUAGCAAGUGUGUUAUUGAUAUUCAUUAGGCUAAGAAUAUAUACUAUAGUGCUGCAAAUAAUCUCUUGGAAUUCUUUGAUACUUACAUUAGAUGUGUUGAAUUAUGAUGGCAAAAGCGAGCAGAAUGCAUGAAAAUAUCAGAAGAAUUUUUGAAACUGAAUUCAAACAUCUUUGUUAAUGAAUAUGUACAAUAUAAAAAGAAGCAGAUUUAUAAAAUUUAAGUUAUUAAUCUAAUUAUAUUGUGUACAGGAGAAUGAGAUUUGAAUCAUUUUUAAAACUGCUUUUUUAUAUUUAAAUAUAUUAUGUAUUUUUUAUGUGAUGAAUAUACAAAUACUGUAUACAAAUAGAAAAUAACAACACUUAUCAUAUAAUCUGUACAAGCCUAUUUUAAAAGCAAUUAAAAAUUUUAUUAUUUA